CACAACUUCCGGCCGAUCCUCACGGACAACAACCGAUAGCGUCCUCCUGUCAGAGAUUAUUGUUGGUUUAGUUAUCAACAGGGGAGGUUUAAUGGAACAAUAAAGAUUAGUUUCGUCUCGGUGGUAAUAGUUUUACUGUAUAUAAAUCAUUGCACUGCGGAUUCUGUCUUCCAGAAGGGCGAGUAUGAGCGAGGGGGAGGUGUUUCAUGAGAAACAGAGACUGGAGCUGUGCGCCAUCCAUGCCUUGAACAACGUGCUUCAGGAGAGAGUUUUCACCAAGGAGACAGCAGAUGACAUCUGCAAGCGACUUGCCCCACAAUGUGUGAUGAACCCACACCGCUCUGUGUUGGGCACAGGAAACUAUGACGUCAAUGUCAUCAUGGCAGCUUUGCAGAGUCGGGGGCUCGCUGCAGUUUGGUGGGACAAACGCAAGUCAAUACAGAAUUUGUGCCUGGACAAAAUUGAAGGCUUCAUUUUGAAUGUUCCAUCAAGGGUGUCACUGGGAUUUGUGUCUCUCCCACUGAGACGCAGACACUGGCUGGCGGUACGGGACGUCAACGGGCAGUUCUAUAACCUAGACUCUAAAUUAAAGGGGCCUGCCUGUAUAGGUGGAGAAUCUGAACUCAGGUCAUUUCUCAUUGAACAGCUUUCUCAGGAUGUUGCAGAGAUGCUGCUUGUCGUUCACAAGGAAGUAGACGACGAUGGGACGUGGCUGAAACCAGAUGACACCAGGAAGUGAUUCAACCGAACAUUCUCUCUCUCAAUGUGGCGUAAUCGUGAAAGAGAAACACUGGAGCGCCGAAAAGCUUUAUGGAGAGAGCGACACUACAGGAAGAUGGAAGAUUCAUUCACAGACACUCACACACAAAGGGAAGUCUGAGAGAAUGAUCUAGUGUUUAAAGGGACAUGUUUUCUCAUAUGAAGGGGCCGUUUAUCUGAAGUCACACUGGCUGUGUGCUUGUGGGGAGACGCUACUAUAGCUGUGCCAGUCACUCUUCUCUUUCUCACUCUCUUUCUCUCUCCUCUCAGGAACUACCAUCUCUCACUUUAUCUUUAUCUAUGCACUCCACUGCUGAAGUAGAUCAAAAACGUGUGUCUUUGUUACAACUAUGCACAGAAAGGGUACUCUAGUGUUCAAGAAUAUAUCAUUCAUUGCCUUUUAGACAUCAGUGUACGUCUUACUAUGCAUAAACAAGGAAGAUAAGAGAUUGUAGCUCUCUCACGCUCACGUCCUUUUUACUCUUUCAAGCUUUAAUGCAAACUGCCUCAUUUACAUCGACU